AUGACUGCUGGAUACCCCAUAGAUGCCCUGCGGCAUCAUACUCCACUGGUCAUCGUAUCUGGCCUUCAAAUCCCUUUAAAUAAUCCUGAGGCUCAAAAAUAUACAUGGAAUAAUUACACUACUACUGUCCCUGAUGAUAUUUCAUCUAUAGCAAACCACUCUCUACUCCAGGCAGCCGAGUCCACAGUGGGGUGCACUGACCCCUCCAUCGUCAUGCCAGAACUCUUUUGGAAGUUCUCAAACAAAGCUCAUCCACCAGCUAUUUGGAUUCCAGCCUCUGUCGACGCAUCUAAACGUGCAAUUCCAUACCUGCUGAAUAUCCAGUUUGUCAAUGACCGUACAGACUUUAAACUCUUACCACCAGAAUCUUCAUCCCCUUCUCCAUCAUCUUCCAUUAAACCCAGCAUUGACUCGGAACGUGAACUACCACCCCCACCAUCAUCAUCCUCUUCAUCUUCUUUUUCGACAACUACACAUUCAAUUCUUUCCCCCCUUAACCCUGCUUCUGAGCUUUAUCCAGAUGGCCUCCUUAAUGAGCGCUGGCCACAAAAAUACCUCCACCUGCUCCCAGCAACAUUCAUCAGCAUUCACCUCUUAGAUACAUCUUCUUCUAAUAAGGAUGACCAACAGGCCGCAGAUACCAUUCUCACUAAAAAACUUAUCGAUCUCAAAAACCAGCUUGCCAGCAGAAAUAUUAAACUUGUUGCCAUUAUUGUAUCUUCUGUCUUGCCUUCAGAUGACGCCAGCCUUAAUGACCGCAUUUACUAUCUUCGCAAAAACACUGGCCUUGCAGCCCGCACAGGCCUUUUCUUUCUUCCUCCUAGCACUGGAAUUGAGCUUGAAACUUUGGGAGAAUCCAUCUGUCAACUUGCUUAUUCUUACAGUCUUGAUUUUUACACCUCAAUAGCCAAGCGUAUCCGCAAAAAACGCUCUAAAAACAAAGUUGUCCUCACAGGAGACACUGAUACAGGCCUCACAAUCUCCCCACUCUCCCAUGCCGGCUGGGAUGUUCGUUACAACUACAAACUUGCGGCUCUUGCAGAGUUCCGCCAGGAAAUUGAACCUGCAAUUAAGUUCUACGAAACAACUUAUGAAUCGGCCCUCGAGCUUUUUGAAACUCUACACCCUCUUACAGAAACAUCGCCUCUUCGAUGGUCACAAAUUCGCCAAUUUCUUGAUCUUAUCGCUUAUAAAAUUACAAAGCUAUACUUUUAUCUUGGCCAGGGGAACCAUGCACACAAAAAAUAUAUUCUUCACGCGUCUUCUGUCUCCACCAUUAUUGCAGAAAAGGAUUUCACUAUGAUCACCAGCGCACCAUCCAUUCUUCACUGGCGCGCUUCUCUCGACACUCUCAUUGCAAACCUUAUUGAUUUAACCCAAGGCACUUUAAUUUCGUAUGAGAGUCCGCUUGCCAUCAACUUUGACAUCAUGGUGCCUGGAGACAAUCUUCCGCGAAGUGGGUACUGGUACCUUGGCGCGGCACAGAAUCUUCUUGAAAUUACCAGCCACUGCGAUGGCCAUAAUAAACUGCCAACAAAGGACCCAUAUUUUGCGGAAUAUGACCCACAGGAGCUUACUUUUACUGCACGCAAGCUGCUAGGCUUUGCUGCAAAGGACUUCACUUGUGGGAAAUUUCCAAACACGCGCAGCGUUUCAUCUGCUGCACACCUAAUGGGCGAAGCGUGUAUGCGCCUUGGUGAUUCUAAAGAUGCGCUGGGCCAUUUUCGAGAUGCUGCCAAAAUUUACCGUCGUGACAGUUGGGGCCCCCUCUUGCAAAUUGUUUUACAAAGCGCCAUUUCUGCAGCUAAAGCUGCAGAUCUACAUCUACACGAUCCUUCAGAGUUACUUCUUAUGGAAUUGGAGCUCGGUGCUCUUGACAAUAAUCACAAUGUUAAAGAUGCUGUUAAGGCUGUUGAAACCCCAUUAACUCUUCGCAUUACUCAAGAAGAAGGCGAGUCCCAAACAAUCAAAACUUCGCCAUUUCUCUCAUGCUUCAAAUCCUCAGCGGUAUUUCCCACACCUGAGUGCUUUCUUGGGUUACCAGUCACAACUCAGGUCACUCUUACAUGUUCCAUUCCUAUAUCGUGGCCAGACGAUUUUUGCACCCUGCAGCGUUUUAGUAUCGCACUGAGCGGGGGUCUAGGAUCUCUUAUUGUGCGACACAAUGACUCAUUGAAGAAAAAUUCAGUAGUUGUGAUUCCGCCUACUGAGCUCAAGCUUGCAGGUAGCAAAGAGGACAAUGUUUUGGAAACUGAAGCCAAUCUUACUUUCAAUCGCGGAGAAAAGCGCGUUUUUCAAAUUUCUCAAAUCCCUAAAAACCUUGGCGACUCCAAGAUUGCAGAUGUCCAGCUUCAGUCAUCUUCUGGAAAUGUUUCUCUCACUGUUACUUUGACUCCAGAGCAAGAAAACUCUGGUGUGGUCACCUGGUAUGGGCAAGAUGACUCUUCACUUGUUCCUACACAUAUCCGCAACACAGUCCCUCACCGUGCACGGUUGCUUCCUCGCCCGUCUCUUAUUUCCGUCACUUUAGAUACGAGCAACCCUGUGGCUGUUGGUGAAAGCCUUGUUCGUGUGGUUAACAUUGCCAGUGCAGAAAAGGAGAGUGUCAUUGCCACAAUACAAGCCAAAGCCACCACAGAUAAAGGUGAUGUUGCUCCUGUCAGCUGGGUGCGUAAAGAGGGCCAAUUACCCGCUGCCAUCAAUGACAAGGAAGAUAUUAUAACCGAUUAUGAGAUUUCACCUGGCCACUCUGAACUUUAUGAUCUUGCCAUCAAUAUCCCCAACACGGAUUCUUCUGCAAAGUCCAUCAAUCUCCAGUUUUUCGUCUCAUAUUACCCUAAGGGUGCUGAGGACUCCGAAAGUAGUACUGUUGUCAUAAAGGACGUUGUGGUCCAUCUUCUUAAUGUGGUGCGACCAUUUUCAAUCUAUUCUGAGUUUUCACCACGCGUACACCCAGACGUUUGGCCUAACUUAUUCAACCCCGAUGUCGAAGGCAAUCUUUUCCUAUUCCCGCAAAUCCACAAGCGCUGGGAGCUUAAGAGUUCCAUCAUUUGCCAAUUGGGUAAUGAAAGCAAAGUUAAGGCCUGUGCUGAGGUGUUGCGUUCGGAAAUUAAACUGAGUACGAGUGCGGAGGCCGGACUUGAUGUGAUUAAGAGCAGCGGAUGCGGCGGCAGCAGCAGUAGCUAUAAUAGUCAGCCGCUCGUACUCCACCACGAUGAAAGCCACAAAAUAUCUUACAUCAUUGACUCUUACCGGAAGUCCCAGGAAACUGAGAUCCGAGCUAUAGAGGCUCAAGCUUUUAUAUCUAUUUUCUGGCGUCGAAAGAUUUUCAAGGAUGGACAAGAAGAAGUUGAGGAUGGGCCGGUGAAUGAGUAUAAGGCGCCAUUCCUCAAACUCACAAUGCCACUGAUUGAGCCGCGCGUCAUUGUGACGAUGCGCCAGGCCCGUGCCAUUCUUGCGCACAACCGCAAACACAAUAAGGAGGCCCAGAGCGAUGAUUCUGGUGAUAUUAUGAUGCGCCGGACACUGAAGCUCCGGUACUACAUUGAAAAUUCAACGGCGCAUAUGCUCACCUACAGUGUAAUGAUGGGUUCCAGCGAGAACUUUGCAUACACGGGACCCAAACAGCUUACGGUCCGCAUGCUACCCUUUUCGCGCCGUGGCAUUGAAUAUAUUAUGCAUCCACUGGGACGUGGAGCUUCAAUUACCUCGGGGUCUGCUCAAAAUAAGGGAGCGGAAAAGACACUGACAGCCGAUGGGUACUUGGAAUUACCGCAGCUAAGAGUCUAUGACGUUAACUAUAAACGCUUUGUUCCAAUGACACCGGGAUGUAAUGGAUUUAAAGCCGAGAAUAAUAAGCUGUUUGUGCGGUGCUAA